CUUGUUGAGGGAAGUGGAGGGACUUUCUAAGGUAAGAUGGGCUGGGGUCAAACAGAAAGCAGAAGUAGUAGUGAGGACUGAGACAGAAAUAGAAAUGUUUGCUAAAGGCAAAUAUAUUAAUUAGCUAACCCUUUGAAUGCUGAGAAAAUGUCAAACCUUUUUGGUGAUGGAAAAAAACAGAAAUAUGUUCUGAUGUAUGAUCUGAUCACUUAACAUACAGCACAAAGCUCAUGCAUAUUGUACUUAACCUGAAUAGUGAGCAGCAGAUAUCAAGAUUCAGUUUCACUUUCAAUGUGACAUACAAAGCUCAGCUCAGCUGCAGCUAGCUGUGGGUGUGGUUUGGGGCUCUGGAUCUAUAAUAAAAGGAGAAGCAUUAGCAGCAGCAGAAGGACACAGAACUCUGUAUUUUCACUUCAGCAGCAACAGCUACUCUGCACUCUGUAACCCAAACAUGGACAUGAAACAAAGCAGCGGUGAAACCCUCAGAAAUGACAAAGAGCUGAGGAUAGUGAUGGUGGGGAAAACUGGAAUUGGGAAGAGUGCCUCUGGAAACACCAUCCUGGGACGACAGUGCUUUGAAUCAAAGUUCAGUGCAAGGUCAAUGACUGUAGACUGCUCCAAGGGCAAAGCUGUGGUGGACGGGCAACAGGUUGCUGUUAUCGACACCCCCGGUCUGUUUGACACCAGGUUCGGCAUGGACAAAACAACUAAAGAUGUAGGCCAGUGCAUCUCUUACGCUGCUCCUGGACCCCACGUGUUCCUGGUGGUCAUCAUGCUGGGCAGAUUCACUGAAGAGGAAAAGCAGACGGUGCAAAAGAUUCAAGAAAUCUUCGGCCAGGCUGCAGACAGAUACAGCAUGGUUCUCUUUACUCAUGGUGACCUUCUUAAAGACACGACUAUUGAGGACUUCUUGGCUGAAAGCCCUGACCUGCAGGAACUUGUGGCCAGAUGUAAUGGCCAGUACCAUGUCUUCAAUAAUGAGAAAAAAGAUUGUUCUCAGGUCACUGAGCUGCUCCAGAAGAUCAGAAAUAUAGCCCAGAUGAACGGAGGCAGCCACUACACCAACGAGAUGUUCCAAGAGGCCGAGAGGAUAAUCGAAGAGGAGAAACAACGCAUCCUGAGAGAGAAAGAAGAGCAGAUACGCAGAGAAAGAGAGGAAUUGGAGGGGAAAAUACAACAGAAAUAUGAAGAGCAGAUGAGGAAAAUGAAUGAACAAUUCCAGUACCAUUUUGGCAGCGCUUCAUCAGGACAGAUGCUGGUGUUUGUGCUCUGA